AUACUCACAGAAUCCCAUUGAGCGAUGCGUUGUGUGAUUAUAUUGUUUGCAGUUGCUUUGGCUGUGGCUCAGGCCUCCUCAAUCCGCGAAACCCGUCAAGCCUCCUGCGGAUGUGCUCAAUCGGUUCAGCCGACCUGCUCCUGCCAGCAGGCCUCACAACAAUACAGCUGCUCCUGCCAACCUUCAACUCCAUGCUCUUGCGCCAGCAGCCAGCAAUAUCAAUUGCAGACGUCUCAAUGCAUGCCUGCUUGUCAACAGUCCUGCAGUCAACAGUGCCAAUCUAACACCAACACUCAAUGCCAGCCAACGUGUCAGCAAUCCUGCCAGACAUCGUCUUGCAAUCCGAUGACUUCCACACCAAUUCCAGCGUCGCAAAGUUGUCUUCCAGAGUGUGAGAACCGAUGCAUGCAGCAGUGUACUCAACAGCAGACCGCGCAACAGUGCCAGCCAAUUUGUCAGCAGCAGUGCCAGCAGGAAUGUGGGUCCACAGGAAAUAUGAUGUACAAUAAUCAGGAUCCGUAUAAUCAAAUGCAGUAUGGAGGGUACAAUCAGCAAGGAAAUCAGUACCAGAACCAAAAUCAGUACCAAAAUCCAAACCAGAUCCAAAAUCAGUACAACCAGAACCAGUACCAAAACCAAAACUACUACAACCCUUACCAACAAACUCAAUGCCAACAACAAUGUGCUCCACAAUGCUCUCAACAAACUUCCACCAACUGCCAGCAGUGUCAGAACUCCUGCCAGAACAGCAACACUCAAACCAUAACCAUCUACGUGCAAGCCUCCCCACAGACCUCCCAAUGUGUUCCCCAGUGCCAGCAACAAUGCCAACAGCAGUGCCAAACUAGAACCACGGCCUCCCAACAGUGUGCUCCAGCUUGCUCGACAUCCUGCAAUCAAUCCUGUAAUCAGCCGGCCCAAAUGGCAUGUCAACCAAUGCAAAAUAGUCAGUGCGGAUGUCAACAAAACUAUUCGCCGUGCGGAAAUGUCUCCGGGCAGUGUUGUUUGAAGAAGUAAAAUUCUUGAAGAUUGUAUUUCUGUAAAUCUAGGAAAUGAUGAAUAAAUGUUUCUCACUACCA